AUGCUCGGCGAACGGGUCAAACGACGAGAGCGUUGGUUGGGACAUGAUCAGCUGGUGGUUAUGGGAGUGACUUUGGAGGUCAGGGAGAACGCGAUGGAGGGAGACGAUGCUGGUGAAAUUUCCAGCUUCAUAAAGGUCUCACUGAGCCCCGAUAUAAAGCCGGUGUUGAUUUGCGUGGGCAGAACAGUCCUGAUAACAGAUCCCUGCUUCACGGAAGCGGGAGGAACUAUUGUCACAUGCAUUCUCAAUGCCCCUCUCCGUCUCGUGGAAACACAAGGUAGAUCAGUCUAA